CUCCGGACCGUCUUUCUGAGUGGUUGGCAAAAAGGGAGUAUUUGAGCUUUUCCCCGGUCGCCAUGGAGAAAGCUUAUACUUCACCCCUGAAGAUUGCUCUUAUCUUCUGCCUGCUGCUCUGCGUCUCUUCGCAUCGUGCAGCGGCGAAAGAACGAUUGAGGCGAGGCAUUGACUUAUCCUCAACGCACUCACUCAUUUCUGAUACACGCCUUCCGGGAGAUUUCUUUCCACUGAAUUACACCCUCGAUCUCAGGCCCAAAUUGUCUGAGUCAACUUUCACGGGAAAAGUCCGCAUCUUUGUGCAGUGUAAUGAAACAAGCGACAGAAUCACUCUUCACGCUCACCACGAGCUGCAAAUUGAGAGAUCGGACAUCAAAUUGCAGAGAAUCCUGGACAGUGAGGACUCCGAUGAACUCAAUUCAACGGAAGUGAAGAUCAGGAGAGCUUCUCACACUCCCAAGAAGCCUAUCUUUGUUAUUUAUCUCGCGGACACUGUAAAGAAUGGUACGCUUUUGGAACUAGAGAUUGCAUUCAGCGGCAUGAUUUGGGAGAGCGCUGAAGGUCUGUUCAAAGGAUCUUAUCUCAAUAAGAACGGAACGAAAACUGAAUUUCUGGUCACCACGUUCAAGCCAAACAACGCAAGACGUCUCUUUCCGUGCUUCGAUGAGCCUUCCUUCAAGGUUCCUUUUGAUUUCAGUCUUUCCCGGCCGGAGGAAUACCACACACUCUUCAAUAGUGAUCCAUUCAGCACGGAACCUCUGGAUGGAGAACCAGGAACUGUUGUUGAUCAUUUCACUUCAAUCCCAAAAAUAUCUGUCUUCUCAUUGGGAUUCCUCACAUCUAAACUGGUUCUGAUCAAAGACGACACUUUGGUUAAAAAUGAGGAGCAGAAAGUGGAAAUCUACGUGCAGCCAGGAAUGGAAAAUGCCUUUCCAACUCUCUAUCAGAAGGUUCACACUGUUAUAAAAGCAGUUGAAGAUUUCUGGGGUGUUAAAUAUGCCAUCUGCAAACUCAAAAUCGUCGGUCUUCCUGGACUGACAGCUGUUAAACCCAUAGACAACUGGGGAUUGAUCAUCUUCAAGGAAAGCGAAUUACUCCAAGCGAGCCACUUCAUGCUUGCUCAAGAGAUGGUCUAUCAAUUCCUAACUCAUUCAGCCACUCCGCUUUGGUGGAAUGAUGCCCACAUUACUCGAGCCAUGGCAGGAUUCUUAGCUGCCACUAUCGCUAAGGAACACACUGAAGAGUUUGAUGAAAAAUGGCCAAUGACAACCCUCUAUUCGCUUUACUACGAAUUCAGCAAGAGAUAUCCACACUCGAGAAUCACUGGCAUGAAGCAGGAGUCAAUCUGCAGCAAGACUGAACUAUUCCUCAGAAUGAUCAACUAUACUUUCGGAUUUGAGACUUUCAGGAAGGCUAUGCAGAACUUCUACGAAGAGAAGCGAUGUGCAACUUUCCAGAGUGAAAAUAUUUGGAAUUCACUGACUAUUCAAGCACAUAGAGAUCAGGUUUUAGAUAAAUCUAUCAGUGUGAAUGAAAUUGCUGAGUCCUGGAUAUCGAAGGAUCGUCUUCCUGUCGUUACAAUUGAGAGAAACUACGAUAAGAAGGAAGCCAAAGUGUCUCAAAAAGUGUACUUGAGAGAACGUCCCCAUGAUGUCCCUGAACAGGAGAAAAUGCUCUGGUUUAUUCCACUUAUCGUGGUCACUGAAGACAAACUUGACUUUACCGACACGAAGCCACGCUUGUGGGUGAAAAAGACUCGGGAAACAACCAUGACAGGACUUCCGGAAGCAUCCAAGUUCAUUAUCGUGAAUCCUGAGGAAAUCGGACCCUUUCCUGUGAACUAUGAUGUGCGCAAUUGGAACCUCUUGGCAGAAUUCCUGCAAACCGAAAACGGAAGAAGCAAUAUUCCCAUUUUCACGAAAGCCAAACUGCUUCACGAUGCCUGGAAUCUAGCCUAUGGAGGACAUCUUAGCUUCGCCACAGCUUUCAAUAUGACACUCUUCAUGAGAGAUGAGAAAGACCAUCUCGUUUGGAAUCCAGUCUUCACCAUGAUUGAUCACAUCGGCAGACAUAUUGAUAGUUCAGCUGUUCACAACAAGUUUGAAACCUACGUGAGAAUUCUCUUGACUCCUCUGUACGAACGAUUGGGAUCUGAGGCUCAGCCGAGUGAGGAACAUUGGAAAGAGAAUCUCAGAUCACUGUCUAAAACCUUCCUUUGCCGUGCUGGAUACAAGCCUUGCAUCGAGCGCGCUCAGGCUGCUUUUGCCACAUGGAGGAACGCUAAGGAUCCGGACGCAGAGACUCCUGUGGAGAAUCAGUACAUCUGCCCGGUAUUCAAGUGGGGCACGAGGGAAGAGUGGGAGUUCGGCUUGCAGAGAGUCAUCAAUUUCCCGAAAGAGAGGAAACAAAGUGAACGAACUUACUUGCUGAAAAAUCUCGCUGGAUGUCCUGCGCAGACUGAGAAGAUUGAGCGACUGCUCAACAUCACGAUCUUGGAGGAGAAUGGAAACUUCACGGAAAACGAUAUCUUCCUGAUCUUCAGUAUGCUUUCAGGAGGAUCUAAUGGAUACACCACGCUCUUCAACUUCUUGUCUAACAACUGGGACACCAUCAGACAGAGAUUCGAGAGCAAGACAAACCUUUGGGACAGUUUGAUUAGCGCUUCCACUGGCGUCUUCACCACUCAAGAGGGCUAUGACAUGGUCUCGGCUUUGUAUGUGAAGCGCCAAGGUGAGUUUGGCAGUGCUGAGCACAUUAUCGAGAAGUCCCUGAAGAACAUCAAGGAGGAAACCAAGUGGAGUGACGAGAACUUGCCCGUGAUCGAGCAAUGGCUUGACGACUACCUCAAGACCGCCAACACAUCUGCCAACAAGUUCAUGGGCUAGGCCAGAAGUCAGUUAGAAAUGAUGGCAUUCUUUAUUAAUAAAAUCUUCCACUGUGCGACACUUGCAAUCUGUGCAGGAGGAAAAAGACACGUGUUAGCAAGCA